AUGUCGUCCGGGCAGCGGCCGCCAUUGCUCCGCCGCUGCACACGGCACAGCCACGACAUCUGGUGCGACGCGUCUCUGCAGGACUCCUUCUCUGUCCGCCACGACCUCUGGAGCGGCGACAUAUCUCUGCAUCGGCAGGACUCGUUCUCUGUCCGCUCGGCUCACGAGCACCUCUUUUCAGUGCGCUCCUUCCGCUUUGACGACUCACGCAUUCCGCACGCCACCCUGUCGGCUGACGCGGCGGCGGCGCUGAAGCGCGCCCGCGCCGCCUGCCCAAUCUGCCUGGAGGGCUAUGAGGUCGGCCAGAGCGUCGGGUGUAUGCCCUGUGGGGGGCUGCACAAAGCGCAUCGGGAGUGCCUCACGCGCUGGCUCGCUCGUUGCCCAUCGUGCCCCACCUGCCGUUGGGAUCUGCGCGAUGCGGUGGCCACCUACUGCUCCAUCGCCGUCGACAGUGGGUCAGGAUCGGGCCGCAGCGUAGAGGAGCUCCUCUGUCGCGAGCGUGUGGCGCAAAUUGUAUUAUUUGACCACACUUUUUAA